AUGUUUCCUUGGAGGUUCCAUUUUCUCUUGAUGAGCCCUAGCAUCCUAGAGGGUAUCAACGCUUUUCCUAGAGCUGCUCAAACUCAAAAUCAAUCAUCGGAAACUUCAUCGGGGGAUAAAGACGAGCAUUCAACACUUAACGCGGGAUUAAGAAAAGUUAAGAUCUUCAAGGAGUACGUCUCGAUUAAAAGAGGCAAAAAAGCCUCCGGCGAGGAUGAUAAUGAAAUUAGCGAAAGCAGGAGUGACGAAGGUGACUAUUCCAAUUCCAAUUCCAAUCUUGUUGACUCUGAAUCAGGUGAUGAUUCCGGAGACGGUGAAUCGUUCGAGAAUGCUAAUGUUCAGAAAUCAUUUAGCUAUGGCACGUUGGCAUAUGCAAAUUACGCCGGUGGAUCUCUUUUCGAGGACAAUCUUUAUUAUAGUAACCAGAAAUCCGAUGAGAGUGAGCGUUGCUCACCGGAAAAUGACCCGAUCGCUUCGAGUUCUGAACAGAGUAUAACUCAGAUUCCGAAACGCAACAUCUUACCAUGGAAGAAGAGGAAAUUAAAUUUCAAAUCACCACCGAAGGGCGAACAGUUGUUAAAGAAAGAUUACGGUGAAGAAGGUGGAGAUGAUAUUGACUUUGACCGGCGGCAACUCAGCUCCGAUGAGUCUCUAGUUAACCUACCUCAGGUAAUUCUUCCGGCUUCAGAGUUUGGGGACGAUAGUUUUGCAAUCGGGAAUUGGGAACAGAGGGAGAUAAUCUUCGGCUUCGAUGUGUUGACAUAA